AUGCCUAAAGACCCUGGUGACCGUCUGGUCCAUCAGGUGCGGGCCUCUGCUUCCCACUCAAUGCGGGAGGCCUCAACCCCCCAGGGGAUGCUCCCUACCGAUUCCCCGUCAUUUGACUCCUCCGCUCAUCCAGAUCUUUCCUCCCCACAACCCAUAGACCUCGACAUGGAGCUCUUCGGUCCAGACGAGGACCAUCCCGGGUCUCCCGCUACGCCCCUAUCGCCCAUCGACAUGGACGACGACACCCAACUGGGGAUCCUCUCCGUCCCAAUCUCUCUCGCAUCCACUGAUUCCUUCGAGCAACAGGCCAACAUCGUCACCUCUUCACUGCACACUAUUGCCGACUGGCUAGAGACAGUCGACUGGGACACCAUCUUUGGGCGCAACCCACUUGACGCUGCCACCCUCAACUCCACCCCACUCGCCAGCGCAGCAACUCGCGUCAUCCGGUAUCUCAACGCUGGAAUUGCCGGCAGAUCCACCAAAGUUCCCGACUUACAAGUUCCGCCCGUUCAGCCGAACCGGGUAAACAAUCCGUCACGCAUGACGCAACCAGCGACCCACCCAACCUCAGCCACGAGCACCCGCCCGGACACCCCCGGCGCGAUGUCCUACGCAAGUGCAGUCUCACGGUCCUCGCAGGCCCCCUCUGUCAACUACACAAACUGGACGACAUCCCGCACAUCGUCACGCCAAGCACACCCGGAACUUUCGCCAGGCGAACUCCUAGCGCUACAACGCCAGAUUGCUGCAACGCGACCCCCAAGACCCCAUCGCGUCACCCUACCGAGAGGAGCUAGACGCGCGGUCCACGUCAUCUUCACGGGCAUCAAGCCCGACCCAAUUCCGCGCCCGGGCGUCGUCGUCCAGGCCGUCAACUCUUACCUCCCUGCGGCGAGAGCUGCAUUUCGCGCAGCCUCAGCCAACUGGUCCUCCCGACACAACGUCACGAUACAGUUUGCCCAGAACCCGGAAGACUCGGAGAUCAAUGCGGUACGCGCUGCCCUCGGCGCCCUGUUCCCCAACAUCCCGCCAUCGACCUACUCUGUCGACAAAAGGCACAUCAUCUCCACCGUAAUGUUCCACCGCCUCGCCCUUACUUACCCAGACGGCUCCCCUAUCACAGCUGAGGAGUACACACAAGAGCUCAAAGCCUCCGUAGCAUGGCAGGAGGUUCGUAUACCACGCCCCCCUCGCCUCGUCCCAGACAAAGACACCCACGUUGGCACCCUGUACGUGGAUUUCCACGACAACGGGGCGCUGUCCACUCUACGCCAGGUCAUCCGUGAACCGGCGCUCCUACAAGGGGAGGCGGUGUAUCCGGUCAAGUAUCACAAGCGUGACACUGUUCCUCAGUGUUCCCAUUGCCUGCGCUGGGGCCAUGCCAGCCCGAUCUGCCACUCCAAGACCUACCGCUGCAACCACUGUGGUGGCAAUCAUUUGGAACAAGACCACCGCCAAUGGGCCGCCUGUUGCCAUGGGACCAACCCCACGCCAGGCGACGCGCCGUGCCCCCACCCUCCCACCUGCGUCAACUGUGGAGCUGCCCACAAGGCCAACGACCGCGCUUGCCCAUUCUAUGAACACCGCCACAGCCGGGAAUGGAUCAACCAGCACCAGCCACGCGCCCCGACCACAAGGCCGCCAAGCCCCAGCGACAGCCGGCGCGACACGCACAUUGGCCCAGUCAGACCCUAUGGCCCUUCGAGGAAUCGCCGACCCACCCCUGCGCGUGCCCAUGUUGCCCAUCGCAGCCAGGCCAGCGCCGGCGCGUCUCGCCCGUAUUAA